AUGAACAAGGGAAAUGUUCUCAAAGUCAACACCAACAGUCGAGUGGCAGUGGACGCCGCAUUUUUCCAUGAAAUGCAGCCAAACUACUCCCGACCGUCACUCCGCGACAUCGGGGUCAAGGAUAAGGUUGGAAUUGCAGUCUUUGACAUUGGUGCAAUGCUCAUGGAGGACCAUGAGCGAGACAAGGAUAAAUUGCGAGGCGUCAGUGUGGAUGCACAAAAGCUGAGCGAAGCCGAUUUACUGGUCGCCUGCCCAACAGUUUGUUGUUUCAGUUUCAAGGAGAAAGUGUUCUGGAUGAUACCGACGGUACCUUUCGACGAAGUAAUUGAUGGAAAGGGCCAAGGAUUCAACCUUCUUCUGAAGUAUGUCGGCAAAGCGUAUAUGAUAUCAAGACUUCCCAACAUAACUUGUGUUAGUGGCCCACCGGGAGUCGGAAAGACUUUCAUGGUUGAGGCAACCUCGGAGCAUUUCAAGCUCCCCCUCUAUUCGAUAUCUGCAGGCGAACUUGUUGUCAACCACGGAGAUUCCAAUGCACUUGAGCAACAACUUGAAACAGUAUUCAAGAUCGCCAAACACUUUGAUGCCGUGCUACUCUUGAAUGAGGCAGACGCGUUCAUGGAGCAGCGCACAUCUUACCACGAUACCCACAAUCGCCCUGUGACCAUUUUCCUCCGAAGCUGGAAUAUUAUCAAGGAGUUCUUUUCAAACUUCGAAUCGGGGUAUCCAGUUUGA